UCUCUUACCUGCUUGGGCUCACACACACACACACACACACACAUUCACUGAGGCUGCAGGACAGAAGUUUCACAUCUUCUGCUUUUCUAACUGCCUUUACGUGGAUUUCUUCCUUCUUUGUCUGUGAUGUUUUUCGACAGAUGUGAAAUGGACUGACUCUGCCUGUGGAUAUUUCUGCUCUUUUAUUUCUGCGUCUUCACUGUUUUCUCUCAGGUGUUCGUGUGCUCAGCACAGACAGGAUGACAUGGCGUCCUCAGUACCAUAGUUCCAAGUAUCGACACGUUUUUGGGAAGCCGGCCUCUAAAGAGAACUGCUACGAUGGUGUCCCCAUCACCCAGAGCGUUCAUGACAAUCACCUCUGUGCCGUCAACCCUCGCUUUAUCGCCGUCAUCACCGAAUGUGCAGGGGGCGGAGACUUCCUGGUGCUGUCCAUCAAUCACACUGGGAAGGUAAACCCUCAUCAUCCAAAGGUUUCUGGUCACAGAGGCAAUGUACUUGACAUCAAAUGGAAUCCGUUUAAUGACUUCAGGAUAGCGUCUUGUUCAGAGGACGCCACAGUGAAGGUCUGGGAUAUCCCUGAGCAUGGAGCUCUGAGGAAGAUCACGGUGCCUUGGAAGGAGCUUCAGGGUCAUUCCCGCCGCGUCAGCCUCAUUGAGUGGCAUCCCACCGCCAACAACAUCAUCUUCAGCGCUGGAUACGACUACCAGGUUCUGGUGUGGAAGCUGGAUGUUCCUGAACAGGUGAUCAAGAACCCUGUGCGCUGCAUCGGUGUGCACUCAGAUGUGGUUCUGUCCAUGUCCUUCAACACAGACGGAAGCAGACUGGCCACGUCCUGCAAGGACAAGAAGAUCCGUGUGAUCGAUCCACGCAGCGGCGUCCUGUUACAGGAGACCGACAGUAAAACACACAAAGCCAGUAAAGUGCUAUUUCUUGGGAACCUGCACAUGCUGCUCUCCACGGGUAACUCACUCUAUAACCAUCGUCAGAUUGCACUCUGGGAUCUGGAGGACCUCUCUCAGUCGUCUUAUUCCGAGGACUUGGACGGCUCCUCAGGUGUUCUCUUCCCUUUCUAUGAUCCUGACACACACAUGCUUUACAUAGCUGGAAAAGGUGAUGGAAAUAUCAGAUACUAUGAAAUCAGCUCAGAGAAGCCAUAUGUGCACUAUCUGACUGAAUACCGCUCUCCUCUGCCACAGAAGGGGAUAGGAGUCAUGCCGAAGCGAGGUCUUGAUGUGUGUUCCUGUGAAAUCUUCCGAUUCUACAAACUAGUGACAGCCAAAAGCCUCAUAGAGCCUGUGUCCAUGAUCGUUCCUCGAAGGUCAGACUCCUAUCAGGAGGACAUCUACCCGCUGACCGCUGCGAACCGAGCCGCUGUGACCGCUGACGAGUGGAUCUCUGGACGAGACAAAGAUCCUGUGAUGAUGUCUCUGAGGCCUGGAAGUGAACUGGACUCGUCUGCGGAGCAUUCCCACGAUCCAGACCGUCUGGACGGUCCCAGAGCAUCUCCAGAUGAAGACCGCAGCUCCACAAGCCACAUCAGUAACGGAGAGCUGGACUCGGCUCCAGAAACCGAGCAGGAGAUACCCCAGCUGUUCUAUAAGCAGCAGGAAGAGAUCCGGAGACUGAAGGAGCAGCUUCUCCAGAAGGACACGCGGAUUAAACAGCUGGAGCUGGAGAUCAGGAACCAGAGAAACUCACGAGACUCUCUCUGA